AUGAUGAACAAGAGAAAUAAUAUUAUUUCAAAUAUCAAAAAAUAUCCUAGAUGCAAUAAUUACGUAAAUAAAAGCUUUAUCGUUGAAUAUAUUUCAACUUUAAAAAUGUACAACAAAAGAGAGAAAGAUAUUAUAUUAAAUUCUUUUAUAAAAUUAUUCAUAUUUGUUCUUUUCAUUCUGAUGUUACAAUGCUCUUGUAAUUUGGACUCUGGCAAAUCUUUGAAAAAAAGUAACGUAGAAAACAUGCCACAUUUAGGAAAUGAAAGAUCUCUAGCAGAAAGUGAAGAUACAGUAAAAGCAAAUGAACAAUCAGAUAUGAAUGUAACACAUAAAUUACCAUGUAAUAAUCAAGGGAUUGAAAUAAAAGUAUCUUCACAAUCAGAAAUGGGACAAAGGAAUAAUGGAGAGCGAGAUUAUAGUGUGAUAGAGAAUUUAGGAGAAGGCAAUAGUGCAGAACAAGGAAUUGGAAGAGAAAAAAUAGAUAAAAAUGAAGAAAGAAAUAUUAAGGAAAGAAUUUUAAAUAUUGUUAAAGGUAAUUUAGAUAUAUUCUUCUUAAUUAUUAUUUAUAUAAUAUCAGCUACUUCAGUAGUAAUAUGUAACGUUCAAUAUACUGAGAAAUGGAAUAAUAAUUUAUAUGCAACAUCUGUUUUAUUGAAUGUUAUAUCUUUUAUGCUUAUCUUAAUUUUUUUAAUAUAUGAACAAAUAAAAAAAAAAAAAUAUAAAAGAUGUUUAUAA